GACCAAACUGUACAAAUUCGGAGGGUGAUUCAGUCAUUUCAUGUCAUUUAAUCGCACCAUUAAAAAGAGAGAAAAGCUUCCCGCUUUCUGAUUAGACUGAUCAGUGGGGCAAUUAAGCAAAAAGGGAGGCCAGUCAGUAGGUAUAUUUGGCUAUUUUGCCAUCUUUGGCGCUUCUCCUUCUCUCCCACUCUCUUCUCUCCUUUUUCUCCCCCAGCACUUCUCCCACUCCUCCCAGUAGUAGUAACUACCUCUUUCUCGCUGAGUCUGCUCGUUGAGCACCGAACCUCUUUUUGGAACCCUAAUUUUCUCCACAGAAACGGGCUGAUUUCCGCCAUUGCGAGCCUCCUGAACCUCCACAUUGUCUUCUUUCUCGAUCCUUGAUCAGGUAGCUAACUCUAUCACCUAGCUCUUCCUCUUCAGUUCAUCUUGCAUUUCACCAUUAUUUCUUCUGUGGAAAAGCUGGUGCGUGAUCAUCAAAUCGUUUCUUCUUCAUUUUUUGUUUUUGCCUCUGCUCUUCGUUUGGAAGAGAAACAGAGAGAUUGUGUGGUUUCUUUACCGAGGGGGGGAAAAAUCUAGCGAUCCGUACGAAAAUCGGAGGAUCCUUUUCCUCUUUUAGUCCUCUUUCCUCAAGUCAUUUUCUACCUUCAUCUGUUCGAUUUCUCUGUAUUCUGCGUUGAAAAACCUCUGAUUGUGAUUGUGUGUGAAAAAAUGGCUAUAGGAUGACCGGUGGAAAGAAGGCAGCCGGAUACGGGCAGGGGCAGGGGCAGGGGAGUACUCAAGUCUCUAAACGGAUAGUGACGACUCGGAACUUGCGGAAGAGUGAGCUCGCCGGAGUGAUAUUCGGCUGCAAGCAUCACACGAUUGAUGAAUGUUUGAACAAAAAGUUGUUUGGAUUGCCUGCUAUGCAUUUCACGUAUGUACAGAAGAUCGACAAUGGUCUGCCGCUGUUUCUGUUCAACUAUUCCGAUCGGAAGCUUCACGGGAUAUUUCAGGCUGCAAGUCAAGGCAAGAUGAACAUUGAUCCAUAUGCCUGGCUCGAGGAAGGCUGUACAUCGACCCCCUAUCCUGCUCAGGUGAAGGUAGCUCUCAAGAAGCAGUGCCAGCCUCUGUUGGAGAGCCAGUACUCGCCAAUCAUCAAAGGAAACUACUAUGCUGCUCCAGUCUUCUUUUGGUUUGAACUGGACAAUAGACAGACAACCCAGCUGAUCUCCCUGUUUCAAUCUUUCCCGGUGAAAACAAAGCCUCCCCUCCCAAAGCAACCACCAAACAUGAAUGUUCCAGCGCACAUUGCUCAAACGUCUGCACUUGGUAAAAGGAAAGAGGGUGACCAAGAUCAAGCACAACGAGCCCCAUUGUCUCAGGAGUUUCUUGGUUAUGUUGCUGAUGGCGAGCCAGGUUUUCUAGCUCCGAAGCCAUGGGCGGCCCUUUUUAAGCCUGGGUCUAGCACUGAUGAGGGAAAUGAAGGCGAAGGAACUGAUGAGGAGUCAGCUUCUGGAUUGCAAGAAGCUCAUCCUCCUAAACCUUGGGCGGCCUUGUUGAAAGGCGAACCUACUUCUGAUUUGCAGAAGGAAGUGGCCAAAGAUGUUAGGAGGUCAUUUUCCGAAUGGGACUCUCAUCCUCUGCAUCAGUCUGACAUGGCGUGGAACCCUUCAAGUAACGGGGAUGAGCCAGUGCCAUCGGGGUGGGAUUUUACAGACGAGAAUGAGCGGGAACAAAUGCCGGACAGCAUGAAUGGUGAUGGCAUUUCUUCAUCCUAUAUGGAUGGAGAAAGUCAUUUCUCGGAAGGAGUUCUGGAGGAGGAUACGAGAACUACUGGAUCGAAGGAUGAUAAGGACAGAGAUUUGGGUGGCGGAAUGGUAGCCUUGGAGAAGCAAUCUUCUGAUGCUUCCUUAAUCUCCCAGCUCAUGGCCAGAAUGGAAGAAAUGGCGAUUCACCAGUCAUUGCAAGACCAAAAGAUCAAUUCAUUGGAGCAAGAUCUGGCAGGAUCAAAAGCUCUAAUCCAGCACCUUAAAAGCUGUGUCGAGAGGAUGGAAUAUACUGUAUUCCCAGCUGCUAUCCAUCUGAAAGAAGAGUUCAGUGAUGAUACAUCGGACACAGUCGGUCCAACGUUUAACGAAGUGGUACUAGUAGCGGGUGGAUACAAUGGAUCUUCAUGGAUACCAGAUUUAGAUUCUUACUCUUUAUACCAAGACAGAGUGAAACCACGUAGUCCAAUGACACACGCGCUUUCUUAUGCUUCGGCCACAAAGUUCAGGGAUGAACUCUACUUGUUUGGUGGCUUAUGCAACGACGUAUGGUAUGACCAAGUUCAAUCAUACAAUCCAGCAACUGAUGAGUGGACUCUACGCCCUUCAUUAAACCGGGGGAAAGCCAGCCUUGCAGGUGUUUCUUUGGAUUCCAAGAUCUUUGCAGUCGGAGGAGGAAGUGGAAGUGAAUGCUUUUCGGAGGUAGAAAUGUUUGAUGUAGAUGCUGGAAGGUGGAUCAUGGCGCAGUCCAUGCUUCAAAAGCGGUUUUCUCCUGCAGCAGCGGAAAUCAACGGGAUACUCUACGUUGUUGGUGGUUAUGACGGCACCAAUUACCUCAAGUCAGUGGAAAGAUUUGAUCCCAGAGAACAUACGUGGACAAGACUAGAGGAUAUGACCACAAGGCGAUCAUGCCUCUGUGUAGCUGUUCUCAACGAAAAAUUGUACGCAUUGGGUGGUUAUGAUGGUAGCGGAAUGACGGCCAGCGUGGAGGUUCUUGAGCCCCGUACUGGAUCAUGGAUGUCUAAGGAGCCAAUGAAUUCUUCGAGGGGCUAUUUUGGUGCCGCUGUAGUAAACGAUACAAUAUAUGUCAUCGGAGGUCUCGACAACGAUCGAAAUUUACCUGACACGGUUAGUAGCUCUGCCUGAUUCUACUCCUAAUUCUCAGAUUAUGUAUGGCUCAGCGGUUAGAUAGAAUCGAUGACAAUAUACCAGUGUUUGGGAAACCGUGCCGCACCUGCGGCUUGAUCAGAAAAGUUUCCUACCGGAACCUAAAUCGAUAGAUUUUAGUGGUAUGAAUAGUUUACCUCUAGUUAAACCACUAUUUCAACCCAAAACUUUUUCGGUACAACCUCCCGUCCUUGCAAUAUACUCUUUAUUCACCUGUUGGUUCUGUACUUUUUGCGUGUGAUGAUCAUGGCAGGUAGAGAUUUACAAGGAAGGACAAGGGUGGGAGGUCAGCAACCUCAAAGGCAUCGGGAAGAGAUGCUUUUUCUCUGCUGUUGCCUUCUGAUCGGCGGCCGUGGCUGGGUAUAGAGGUGGUGGCGAUGAUCAUUCUUUAACUUGACGACUUUGGGAAGAAGACAAUUUGUGAAAAGUGGAGCAAGACUUAGCUAACUCGGAUCCGCUGGUCGUAUACGGAGUAACACGGUGAGAAGUGAGAUGGAUAGUCUGUAAAAAUUGAUAUGAGACGAACUUUGUUUAGGAUUGUAGAGUAUUCUGACCAUCAUUGCUUGAUCCCUUCUCUUUUGGCUUCUUUUCCAUGUUGUAAUUCUAAUCGGAAUCUUUGAAACGCAUUCUACUUGGAAUUUGGAAUAUAAUGAUUUGGAUGUG